AUGGCUAUUGUUGAAGAGUUUCGUUGUAUGCCUGCUCACUUUGGGGAUAGUCUUCCCACAAAUGGCUUGAGAGGCUUUGCAACCCACGCUAGUCCAGCAGAUGGGUGCUCCCCAAUGCGUAGGCCUCCAAAUGUAACUGAUAAUUUUACUGGAAAGUGGAUAGUAUUAGUAGCAAGAUAUAAUUGUUCAUUUGAAGAUAAGGUGAGAAAUGCUCAGAAUGCAAAUUACGAUGCUGUAAUUGUUUAUAAUAUUAAUAGCAGUGAUUUAGAGCCAAUGUCGGCUAAGAAUCCAGUAGGAAUCCGGAUCCCAUGUUUUGUUGGUGAAGAAACAGGACGUAUCAUAAUUUACAAUUAUGAAUAUGAGGAGAACUAUUUUCUUAUCAUAAAUUCUGACUUGCCAUUUAACAUUAACACACACUUAUUGCUUCCAUUUGCAAUAGUGGUUGGUUUGUGUUUUUUGAUUAUGGUAGCAUUUAUGAUAGUAAAAUGUGUAAGAGAAAGAAGACGUUUGCGUCGUCAUAGAUUACCUUCUAGUGCACUGAAGAGAAUUCCAACAUGUAAAUUUACAAAAGGCGAUGCAUAUGAAACUUGUGCUAUUUGCUUAGAUGAUUAUAUUGAAGGGGAGAAAUUGAGGAUACUGCCUUGUUCUCAUGCAUAUCACUGCAAAUGCAUUGAUCCAUGGUUAACCAAGAAUCGGAGAGUAUGCCCAGUUUGCAAACGAAAAGUUUUCGGCCGUAACGAAACCCGCACGCGUUCCGGCAGCUCCUCCGAGAGUGAUGCUGAUGACACCACCCCACUGUUAAAUCCAGUAGCUAAUAAUCAUGGAACAUUCACCGAAGGUGUUCAUAAUAUGUUUCGCCGGUCAGCCUCAGAAUCAGCCCUCUCUAGUCGACCAUCUUCUGAUUUAGGGGAAUCAAGUUAUAAUAGAAAUUAUCCGCGUGGGGAAAAUAAUGAUGAUAAUAGAUUAGCUAAUGUUACUUCAGAUGGCAUAAGAAAUAGUGGCGAUAGUCCGUCAUACCAAUCAGCAGAUGGGGACAAAGAUUCUCAUUGCAGUAUCCCCAUGCUACACAGUAACAAUGUUAUGAAUCCUUAUCUAAGCGGCUCCUUUGCCGAAUCCGAUUCAUUUCUCAUGCAGGAACAAAUCCAAAUAAUUUAUCUAAUGCCCAAAGUCAUCACUCUUUAA